AUGGAAACAGUCUUUGCUGCAGCAUUAUUGCAGAUCUCGAUGAGUGGCCGUAGUCCGCUAGAGGAAGAAACCUAUUUUUCUAAGCCACAGCAUCUUUUUCCACACCUUGAAGACGGCAGAAUUCCAACGGAACAGUUCCUGAGUGCGUGUCAAGGAAUCGCUGACUUCGUUGGUUUCUUGGGAACUGCUUUUUCUCCAGUUAAAGCUGAUAUCAAUGGUAAUGUCGUCAAAGUUCGUACGCGGUUCGAAAAGGAUCGGAUAGGUCAACGCUAUUUGCAAGAUUUGAUAGACAGCGAUCUAAGAGACCACGGCGGCAAUCUCGGAAUCGCCACUGAAGGUCUUUUGUGGUUGAAGAGAGGACUCGAGUUCAUGCUGGAAAUGCUCACAUUGAUGGUGCAGGAGUACAGAUCUACGCCAGAUAAA